AUGGAUCUAAGUGAAUCCAAAAUCUACCUGUGUUUGGUUGCACUCUGUUGCGGUCCAACACAAGAAGAUGCCGACUUUUUGAGAUCUUUAGGAACCUUGCUGAAAGUUCCUCAAACAGAACAAGCCUCGUGCAUCACCAUGCUCACGGCAGUUUCACAAUCCAGCAAUCCCUUUCAAAUGGCCGAAGAAUUGGCGCUGAAACUCAGAGAGAACAUUGAUCAGAAUACGGCCUUGGAAAAGUUCUGCAUGCUCUUUCUGAUAUGUUUCUAUCCAUUGCAGGUCGAUUCGUCGGCCAAGAAUCAACGACAAACGGAAAAACUAUAUCAACAUGUCCAAUUCAAUGCCAAGACUUCGGUCAUUUUUAGACGAUUGGCCUUUUUGUUGCGCAUCAAGUUAUCGACCGUUACCAAGUUGGAAGCCAUGGCCAUUGAACAAUGGAAAGAGUUGCAAGACGCCGCUGCUACUUCCACUACUACUGCAACUACUACCGACGAAGACGACUCGGCAAUAUCGGCCACCACUUCGAAAACUAGCAGCAGCACCAGCAGCACCAGUAGUAGCAAACGCAGUCGCCGCAAGGGCGUCAUCCGGGGCCUCAAAAUUGGGGCCACGGCCGCUGGUGCCGGUGUCUUGCUGGGAGUGACAGGAGGUUUGGCCGCUCCCGCAUUGGCCGCUGGAUUGGCGCACAUUGGAUUGGGGGCGGCGGCCACCUUUACCACCACGGCCAGUGUCGCGGCCAUUUUGGGGACGGGUGGAGCCGGAUUGGCCGGAUACAAAAUGAAUCGACGCCUCAAGGUGGUCCACACCUUUGAAUUUCAAGCGAUCAAUAAUCAACACCUAAAAGACAGUGACAAGGAUGAUAAAGAGAAAAAGGGAAAUGAAAAUGAAAAUGCGACUACUACUACGGGCAUGACGGUCUACGUUUGUGUUACGGGAUACUUGAGAAGUCCAGGUCCAGCACCCCCAAAGCUCAAGAAAAACAAAAAGAAGAAUAGAAAGGGGGACAAAGAACAGACUUCUACUACAAUCGAGGAAGAAGGAGAGGAAUCGGCAUCUCCUUCCAAACAAUCGAGCGAAAGACGAGGUUGGUUUGGCCGAAAGGGCUCCCAAAAUAGCAAUGAUACGAAUUCGGACAUGAACAAUAUUGCCAGCAGUGCCGAAAAAACGGAUUCUUCGGAGGGUGAUAUUCCUGCUUGGAUGGCACCCUUUACCGACGACACGCCGGACGACGAAGGGGAAGGAGGCAAAAAGCGACGUGGCUUUUUUGGGCGCGGACGAAAUAAUUCACAAGAUUCGAAUGCUUCCUCGGAGAAGCCAAAGUCGCAAUCCAUCAUGGCUGCAAGGAGUAGUGCUUAUACUUCACCAGAAUUCUACGAACCAUGGGGAGCCCAACCACCCGUCAUGUUCCCCCGACACGUGCUGGAUCGGUAUUAUGCCGUGGUGGCACCCGACAAGCGAUUCUUGGUCCCCAUGUUGAUACAAAAGUACCGAAAGAAAUACAAGAGAGAACAACGACGUCUCCGAAAACAGGCCUCCUCGAGUGGAGGCGGCGGCGGAGACAGUGAUGAUGGAAGUGCGGAUUUGGAUGACAUGGGCAACAGCACGGAUUACUUGCCAAAAUCAUCCGGAUUAUUGCCAUACGAUUGGAAUAACACUAGUGAUGAUGAAUUGGAUGCUGAGAUUGAUUAUGGAUUGACGCCAGAUGACCAAGAUAUAUUUGUGGAUUCCACGUCGUGCGAUACGGAUCCGGAUGGCAAUCCCAAAGGAGAAAUUCAAGCCAUUAAGGAAACUGCCGACGAGAAACUAUUUGCCCUGUUGGAACAAGAGUAUGGAGUUCAUCCGCUGCAAAUCAUGGAAGCUGCCGAAAAAUCUCGCAAGGAACAAGAGGAAAUGGCUGGUUCCACUGCCGAAAUGUACCGAUCCUUGUUGCAAAAGGGACAGGCUCGAAUGGAAUCCUUGUUGACGGUUGGCCAUUCCAGUGACAAGAAACCAAAGAAGGACGGGCCUACCGAUCUGUUGAAUGACCCAAUCGAACAUCAGCACUUGGUAGAAAUGAUGAACUACCAACGACCAUGGGAUAAAGUAUUCACCAUGGAAGAUCGCCAGAAGGAUACCGAAGUAAACGCCGCGGCCGCCGCAUCGGAGACCAUUUCGACUACCAUUUCCGACCCUGACGGAAACCAAGAAGACGUUUUGAUCAAAUUGGACGAAGAUAAUACGGACGAGGAAAAGGUGAAUAAAAUCAUUGAAGACUUGAACAAUUUGUUUGAGGAAAUUGAUGAGGCGUCGGAAGAUACCAACACCGCCAAGAGCACGGGUCAAAAUUCCGACCAAAGUACUCACGAAAAGAGUUUGAACGAAGAGAUGCAAAAGUUGGAAAUUGACACUAACGAAGGACGAAAGGGAUUCAAGUUUUUUGAUAAAAACAAGGUAAAAUCCCUCGAGGCCAAAGCCGAGAAUGCCACUGAUAUCUAUUGGUGGCGAGAAUCCGUGGCCCGAACUGGGGACCAAUACACUUUGGUUUGGGAACCCAGCAUCUUGUUGGAUUGCGGUCGUUGCGUCGAAAAUCUAGUGAAAGAAUCCGCCGCCAAAGGAGCCUUGUCGGCACUCCAAUUUACCGCCUUGGCCCCAAUCAUCAUGACCAUGACCCUUCCCGUUGUUAUUUUGAGUGUGGUCACCCUUUUGGACAAUUACUGGUCAAUGGCGACUGCUGCUGCGGACGAAGCUGGAGAACUGCUUGCGGAUGCUCUAUUGUCGGGCGCCCAUGGGAAUCGUCCCGUGGUAUUGGUUGGUUACAGUGUAGGUGGACGAGUCGUUGCCUCUUGUUUGCGAUCCUUGGCGAGAGUUGCAGAAAGUCGAGACGAUAGGGACGAUGACGAAGGUGAAGCCAUUGACGAACCUGAAAUUGGCGGAGAAUCUGCUGGUGGCAAGAAUCCUGCAUCUUCCGCCAAGCAACAACGUGAUUUAUUGCGUGACUUUAUGGCCAAUACCAAAGCCCGUAGAGAACGAGCCAAGACUAUUGUCCGAGAUGCCGUUAUUAUUGGAGCCCCAUUGGAUUGCAAUACGAGACGCUGGACAAGACGGAGGAGUGUUGUUCAAGGUCGUUUGAUCAAUGUUUAUAACUCCAAGGAUUGGGUUCUUGCCUUAUUGUAUCGCUACAAGAGUUGGUCUGUUGUCAAGUUGGCUGGUUUGCAACCAGUGGAAUGCAGUCCCAUUGAUGGAUUGCCCAGCAUUGAGAAUUACAAUGUGUCGGACAUUGUGACAGGACACGACAAGUACCAUACUAAAAUUCGUGAAAUUCUGGACCUUGUCGGAGUUGGCGAUGUGAAUUGUGAGCAUGCCCACAGCCACUACUUUUCCACAGACGCAGUGGAGAUUCUGAAGGAAGAACCCACCAAGUCUUCUUAG